AUUUGUAUUGUCAUCUUACCAAAUUAAAUGUAUGCACAUGCACAAACAACUGCACACUUUGUGGUGCAACAAGUAGGUGCAGUACCGGCCUCCUACCAAGAGGGGCGCUGAGCAACAUCAUGUGACCCUUUUAUCCCAACUGGCACCGCACGCGGAAGGAAACCCGCCAUUGAAGCAACCUCACAACGUGAGCGUUUCGUUUAUGUGCACACUGUUAAAAAGGUGCCAAUUUUUCAUCUUAUACCUACCGCUGGUAUUUUGUUGGAGUCAUGGCGUACAGAGGACAAGGACAGAAGGUCCAGAAGGUUAUGGUGCAGCCCAUUAACCUAAUUUUCCGGUAUCUACAAAAUCGUUCACGCAUCCAGGUCUGGCUGUAUGAGCAGGUGAACAUGCGGAUAGAGGGCUGCAUCAUUGGCUUUGAUGAGUACAUGAACCUGGUUCUAGAUGAUGCUGAGGAAGUCCACAUGAAGACCAAGAACAGAAAGCCGCUGGGGAGGAUCAUGUUGAAAGGAGACAACAUUACCUUGCUGCAGAGUGUGUCUAACUAGGACAAUGGAGACACCUACAAAUUUUUCCUUCUUUUGGUUUUGCAAAUGGUAUUGAGUGUGUUUGUGUUUAUAUAACAUGAAUAUUGUUAUUUCUUUCUACCACAUGUUUCCAUUUUGAGAAUAAAGAUUUUUUUCCUUACA